AUGGACCAACGCAACAAGCAAGCAAUCCACACAGACGCGACAAGCAACUUGACUUUUCUCAGUGAAUUAGCAGAGGAAAAAGCUAGAUUCGAAGAGGAGAGGAGGCAAAGGGUUAACAAUAGGAUAGAUUAUGGAACGACAAACAAACGGGCUGCUCGAAUAAAAAAGGACGAAGCAAGCUCGAGUCAUCCGAGGACCAAAAGGCAAGGUGAGGAAGAAGCUCCCCGAAAGAAGCCAAAUAAUGAACAGAAACGACGACUUUAUUUAAAGAAUAAUGAUGAAAAUGAAGAGGAUUUGAGGAGAAGUAAAUUGGGUUUGGAGCAUAAAGCUCAAAAAUAUAACCAGCUUUUACAAGACAACAGUCAAAUUACUGAGGGUGAAGAGACGCUGGUUGAUUUUACGAAAAAGUGGGCCGAAGAAAGUCGGGAGAAUGAGUUUAUUGAGGUUACGGAUGAAUUUGGGCGAACUAGACAAGUGUCCAUUUAUGAAGCGGGACAAACGCUUCUCCCUUCGAAAGAGGAUUACAAGCCGGAAAAUGUCAUUCGUGGUGAAUAUAUGCCAGAGUACGAGGUUGAUGAGCAGCGCAUUGAGGAUUUGCACCGCCAAGACGAGCAACAAGCUGUACAUUACGACGCCUCCAAAGAAAUUCGUACAAAAGGCAUAGGGUUUUUCCAAUUUUCGCUAGAUGAGAAAGAAAGAAAACAACAAUUUGAAUCCUUAGGUGAGAUACAUGAGGAUACACUUCACCAUCAACCGCAGAAAAUGGGGUUAGAUAUACUGAAUGAACGAGAAAACAAAUUAGCAUCCCGAAGAAAUACCCUUCAAAAGCACUACGAAAGAACAAUUGGAGAAGAAUGGAUUAAGCAGCAAUUCCAUGGUGUUUAG